AUGGCAACUGCCACGACGCCGUUCGAGUCCUUCUUCCACCAAUGGCUGGACCGUCAGGAAACCCUCCUGUCCCAACUCCUCGACGCGCUCUCCCCGGAAAAACCGGAGUACGGGGACCACCACCUCGCGGCCCUGAUCGAGCAGUCCUUGUCCCACUACAGGCUCUACUACCGGGAGAAAUCCGCCGCUGCCAGCCGCGACGGCGCCUGCCUCUUCCUCUCCCCGCCCUGGCUCUCCUCCUUCGAGCGCAGCCUCCUCUGGCUCGGCGAGUUCCGCCCCUCCACCGUCUUCACCCUCCUCCGCCGCGUCGUCCCGGACCUCACCCCGGACCAGAUCCGCGCCGUCGAGGUGGUCCGGGCCGAGACCAGGAGGGAGGAGAGGAUGCUGACCGAGGCAAUGGCGGCGAUCCAGGAGAGCAUCGCGUCGCCGGCGAUGCUGGGGCUGGUGCGGCGGACCGCCAGCCAGAUCGACGGGGAGAGGCCGCAGGUGGACGAGGCGGUGGAUUCGCUCAAGUCGGCGAUGCUGUCGGUCAUGCUCAGCGCCGACUCUCUCCGCGGGGUGACGGUGGCGGGGAUGGUGGAGGCGCUGAGCCCGGUGCAGACGGCUGCCUUUUUGGUUGCGGCGGCGGAGUUUCAGUUGAGUGUGAGGAGGUGGGGCCGGGAGAGGGAUGACCAAAGAGUUGGUCGCUAA